AUGUUUGGAAGGAGCAUCUGUCAGACAAUAAAACUUACAAGAAAACAUGUUUCUCAUUUAAAGAGUAUUCACUAGAACUAUUUCAGUGUUGGAAUCAGUUCAUUUGUAUAGCUUGGAGGCAUUAAUAAGAGCAGAGAACUGUAAAGGCAACAGAAAACUCAAACUGUUACUAAGAAUCCAAGGUAUUUUUUAAAAGCAUUUUGUAUUUUCGGCAUCUCAGUCUUCUGAUAAAAAAUCUGAACCAGCUGACAGACAGGAAACCUCUGCUAGUCCAUCCAGAGGGAUUGCAAACAAGAAGAUGGCACGAAUUCUGCAAACCUGGAAAGUCUAAAGAUUGCAAUAAUUGUUGGACCAAAGGGACCCUCUUCAGGCAUAAAUAGCAAGACUCCUACUGUCUUCUCUUGCAGACCAACUCAGCUGCCAGCAAAAGCAGGUGCUCUCCCCCUACCAGUGCUCCAGAGGAAUAUUUAGAAUGGAAAACUUGAUGUUUGUCUACUGGUCCUGUAAAGUUCUCUGGACAGUGCUUGCAACAAUGCUGGGUUAUUCCAGCAGCCUGCCUGUGGGGGAGGAUGCUCUCUGCACAGCAGAGGAACUUGCUAAAUACAGGAUAAUCUUCACAGGGAAAUGGAGUCAAACUGCUUUCCCCAAGCAGUACCCACUCUAUAGGCCCCCAGCACAGUGGUCAUCCUUGCUAGGUGUUACUCAUAGUUCUGACUACAGCAUGUGGAAAAAAAAUGAAUAUGCCAGCAAUGGUGUACGUGAUUUUGCUGAAAAGGGUGAAGCAUGGGCAUUAAUGAAAGAAAUAGAAGAAGCUGGAGAGAAAAUUCAGAGUGUACAUGGAAUCUUCUCUGCUCCUGCAAUUUCCAGUGGUACAGGACAAACCUCUACUGAAUUAGAAGUGCAUCCAAGGCAUCCCUUAGUUUCCUUUGUUGUAAGAAUUGUUCCAAGCCCCGACUGGUUUGUGGGUAUUGACAGCCUGAAUCUCUGUGAAGGAGACCACUGGAUGGAGGAAGUAUCAGUAGAUCUAUUUCCAUAUGAUGCUGGAACUGACAGUGGAUUCACAUUUUCCUCCCCAAACUUCGCCACUAUUCCACAGGACACAGUUACAGAGAUCACUUGUUCCUCUCCAAGUCACCCAGCAAACUCAUUUUAUUAUCCCAAACUCAAAAUUUUGCCACCAAUUGCUCAAGUAACAAUGGUGAAAUUAAAGAAAAGCCAGCUAGGUCUUUCUGCACCUUUUAUUAAUCUUCCAGCUAAAAGCAAUGAAAUAAUAGACACUGUCUCAGAAACACCCCUGGACUGCGAGGUCUCACAAUGGUCGUCCUGGGGUCUCUGCAGAGGGGUUUGCAGGGAAACAGGGACCAAGAUCAGAACUCGUUUUGUCCUUCUUCAGCCUGCCAAUAACGGGAUGCCUUGUCCAAACCUGGAUGAAGAAACAGGAUGUGAACCAGAGAACUGUGUCUGAAAUAAAGGAAAGAUAAUAAUUAAGAUAAUUUAAAAGUAGCAUAAGUUUAAAUCUAAACUACAUGCCAAUCAAUGUUCUUUGUAAUUUGGAUACGCUGCACUAUUUUACUGAAAAGCUGUAUUAGAGUGGUUUUGAAAGUUUUUAUUUAAUAUCAAGAUUUUGAGGGGUUAAAUGCCUAAGGUUUAGUAGGACAACAGUACUGGACAAUUUGCAGACCAAAAACCCCCAAAUAAAUCCUUCCUCCAGAUACACUGUAAGUUCUUUGAGUACCCUCUAGUGGUAGAAAAGAAGAUAUUUGGAAACAUUGUACUUCACAUUUUUACUUCACAGUAAAAAUCUUUCAAUCACAAAAUCUAAACUAAUAACCUCCUUAAAUAUUAUAAUUUGUUUAUCUACAGCUAUUUAUACGUAGAAAAUAGUUUUUUUCCUCUAAAUUAUGUUUUUAUAAUUUAUUGGCAUUUUUGUCAUCUUUCUAACCUUGCUUAAUGUCCAUUUCUUCAGAAACUACUUACAGAAGUCAGAGUGAGCAGAUGUUUGCAGUGUGGUUAAGACAAUAAUGGAACUGAGUAAAUUUGUCUUGAGAUUUUUGAAUAUAUGAAAAUGUCUUUUUCUUGUUCUUUCUCAAAAGUGAGAAGAAUAACUGCCAUGAGGACACUCAGCCAACAAAAUGACUAGGAAAAAAAAUCAGAAGCGUGGAUGGUAGCAGAAACAUCUGAGCUGAAUUAGAAGUUUUAAUUGAGAUUCAAAAAUUGAUUGUUGGUGUGUGUCCCUCAUGAGACAACUUUAAUCUCAAAGCUAAUGCUGUUGACUAUAACAUAAAUUAUAUCAUGAACCUUAUAUACACAGUAAAUGUGUCCAUUUUUCUUUAUUUGUGUUUGCUGCUAUUUGUGUAUCUAUUAUCUAAAAUUAAGGUAUGCACGACUGUAACAAAACACGUUAGAAACUGUUCCUGACUGCAAGUUUUAAUGCUCAAAUAACUGUUAUAAAAGGAAUGUAACAUAUGAAGAGCUUAUGAAGAACUAGGAAAAGAAUUUUGGAAUAAUACUUAUUUAAUAGAAUAAGUUUAAAGUCAGCUCACAAAACUUUUACAGCACACUUCAAUUUUACAAAUAUACAGCAUAGGUAUUGAACAGGAGAGUUGACUUGAGUAGGUUCUUUCUGAAAUAUGCCAAAUACAAGAUAAUUUCUCUUGUCCUUAAACGAGCAGACUGUAUUCUCCACAGGGCUGAAACAUUUAAACGUUUCUCUGUAUUUUUUUUCCAGGAGAGAUGUCUUGCAAAGACACAAAUAAAUUUGAAACUUUAUCAGACUAGA